AUGACCACCCGUCUGCAGCAGCUGAGCUCCUCUUCGGAGGUGAAGGACUGCGAACUGGACCGCCUGCGAAAGACCAUCGAGAUUCUGAAGCAGCAGGGUGGCUCACUGGUGAACGGAGUGAAGCAGGCGCAGCAGAGCAGCAGCAGUCAGUUCGGCCGGCGCAAGGGCUCAUUCACCUCUGACUACACCGACGUCGAGUCGCCAAGUAAUACACUUCCCAAGUCACCACCUAAAAGUCGAUACGCUAAAUCCGCUAACAGUCUGCUCAUCAGACGACACACGUUUAACAAUGCUCUCAUUAACAUUAGUCAUGCUAAUAACCUCUCUACCAGUGAUCUCUAUGCUUCAUCUAAAUUCCAACAGCGGCAACUGUCUACUGAAUCAGUAAACAGUGUUUCUAGCUGCGGUGAGGCAAGCAAAGGCAAGAAAAAGUCCAAACUAAAGACUCUGACGGGCCACAAUGCCAGCUGGAUUCGAAGUUCAUUCAAUCGCGCCUUCAAGAAGAACAAAGCAAAGGGAGGCGACAGUACGGGGAAUCGGGAGUUCAUGUCUGACGCCGAGUCGGGCAAUGAGGCAGGCAGUCGACGGCCAUCAUCAGCCACGGGCAUUGUAGCGGAUAACAGUCGGUCAGUGCCCAGUUCGCCGUUGCUUUCAGUGCGCAGCUUCAAAACCUCCACCAGUUCGUCGUCCGACUCGAAGGGGGCGUCAGAGGCAAACAAUAACAACAACAACAGCAACAAAACUGAUGAGGGAGUGCAGGACCUGCAGAAGCAGCUGCGAGAGAAGGAGAUGCAGCUGACUGACAUGCGACUGGAGUCACUUACCUCCACUCACCAAUUAGAGAACUUGAAGGAGAUGCUUUCGCAGAUGCGACUGGAGAUGGUGACGCUGAAGCAGGACAACGACCGACUGCAGCGACUGGUCAGCCACAAGUCACUCGCCUCGUCCGCCAGCUCGCUGGCCACCUCGACGAACUGCCAGCAAAUGGCGCCGAUGAUCAGUGCCGCAGACCCGAACAACAGCAGCAGCAGUGCUCGAAACUCCAACAACCUGGACACCAACAGCCUGGAGAGUGUGGAGAUUGACGGCAUGCUCUCCUCGCCCGGCUCCACCUGCCUCGACUCCCUCAGCGGCGGCCCCCUGAAGCCGGUGACACUGGGCUCCGGCAGUCACACGCUGGCUCGAUUCGGCAUCACCGCCAAGACCAACUGGGAGGCGCUGGACGGCCUGGUUCGGAAGCUCUUCAAGGAGCACCUCAUUCGCGUGGACUGCCACCUCUCGCUGGGCGUCACCGUCGACUCGCUGGCCUGCUACCGAGUGGGCGCAGAACAGGUGCAGCGCAAUCUGCAGGAGUUGGCCCUUCAACCGACGCCGGAGCUGCUGCCCUUCGGGUACCUGGUGGAGGACUGUCACAUCAACUUGCAGUUCAAGUCGGCACUCGAUUCACUCGCCUUUGACACGCUGACGCCCAAGUCCAUUCUCAACCAGUUCCUCGGAUUGCUGGCGGAGAAUCGCCGUCUGAUUCUCGCCGGCCCCAGUGGCACUGGAAAAACGUACUUGGCGCACAAGCUGGCCGAGUACCUGGUCAUUCAGAAGCAGCUGGCCAGCGUGGCCGAUGAAACGCUGAGCCACUUUGGUCUGGCGAUGACCUCCGGCGCCAUAGCCACCUUCAAUGUUGACCACAAGAACGCUAAAGAACUGAGAGCCUAUCUGUCGAACAUUGCUGAACAGUGCGAAUCACUCAGUCAGAUGGUUGGUGACUGUCCGCGAAGUCCACUCAUCAGUGGCCACCUGCCAAUAGUCAUCAUUCUCGAUAAUCUACACCACAUUGAUGACUCGCUGGUGGUGGACAUUUUCAAUGAUCUCUAUCGAUUCAGUGGCGAGAAAAGCCCGUACAUUAUCGGCACCAUCAACCAGAAUGUCACCUCGACGCAAACCAUCUCGGAGAUGUUUCACCGGUUUCACUUUCGCAUGGCCACCUUCUCCGUGCAAACAGAGCCAGUCAAGGGCUUUCUCACGCGGUACUUGAGACGAAAGUGGCUCGAAGCAGAGGCAAAGUACGGCAAAACGGCCACGCCCGAUCCGCAUCUAAAUCGAAUUAUCGACUGGAUUCCACGAGUGUCCAUGUACCUCAAUCGAUUCCUCGAGAACUUUUUCCCCUCUCAGAAUGUUUCCAUUGGUCCUCGCCUCUUUACCUCCUGUCCGGUCGACGUCAACGGCUCCCAAAUUUGGUUCACUGAUCUGUGGAACUUUUCCAUAUUGCCGUUCAUUACGGAGAACCUGCGUGAUCUGCUGAGCAAGUCUCGGUCCGCUCAGGGCUCCACCACACAGCAGAUGUACAGUCGUCUGAAGGAGAAGUUCAUCGAUCCCACCGACUGGGUCAUUGAGAACUACCCCUGGGUGAGCGGCACUGGCGGCAUGACGGCCGAAUGGUCUGACCACCUCAAUCGACUGCGACUGGAGGACAUCCUGGAGCACGACUCCACCGAGCCGUCGUCUGCUUCCAUUCGCAGUGGCUCCUCGGCGUCGGGAAAGUUUUCCGUCAGCGGGAAGCCCCCGGUGGCUGUCUCAAUCAACGAUCGCAUUGAUCAAGUGAAUGAUCCUUUUCUGGAAAUGCUAAUUAAGCUGAAGGAAGCAACAGAAGUGAACAACUCUAGUCAGGAACUGAGCAAAUAA